AUGAUGCUGUCCGCCCUCAGCACCCUCGCGGCGCCCGCGGAGCACGAGAUCUCCUCCCUCCCGGGCUGGGGCGGCCCGCUUCCGAGCCGCAUGUACUCUGGCUACAUCGACGUGGGCGCUGCCGCCAAGCAGCCCAUGCCGAUGCACGUCCACUACGUAUUUAUCGAGAAAGAGGAGCAGCUGGACGCGGGCGCCGAUCCCACGAUCCUCUGGACCAAUGGCGGCCCGGGCGCCUCGUCCAUGUUUGGCCUGCUCGCGGAGCUCGGCCCACUCCUCCUCAACGAGAACUCGCUCUCCACCCCAGACUUCAAGAGGACGGGAGUACCCACCCUCUUCUCGAACCCACACGCGUGGACCAGGCUCGGCUCGGUCGUGAUGUUUGACUGGCCGCCGCCGGUCGGCUUCUCGUACUGUGCCGAUCCGAGCGGCGCAGGAACCUCGUGCGGCGAUUGGGACGAUGAGCGUAUGGCGGCCGUGCAGUACGCAGCGCUCAAGGGCUGGUUCGACCUCUUCCCAGAGCGACGGUCCAAGCCGCUCUUCCUGACGGGCGAGAGCUACGCAGGCAUCUACGUCCCGAAGCUCGCCCAGCAGAUCCUCGACCACCGCGACCCGGACGUCUACCCGCAGCUGCGCGGCUUUGCGGUCGGCGACGGCUGCCUCGGAACCGAGUCGGGCAUCUGCGGCGGGGACAAGCCGUGGUGGAACCUGCUCUUCCUGUACGGGCACGGCCAGAUCUCGACCCUCCUCUGGGAGAGCAUCCUCCGCGAGUGCGGCGAGCAGCAUCUCAAGUUUGGCACCGGCGAGUCGCCCGCCGGAUGCAGCGCGGCGCUGGCGCGAGUGGGAGGCGCGGCGAGCUGCGACUUGUCGGACAACCUUCUGCUUCUCGGAACCGUCUCUGGAACCGUCUCGCUCGGCGUGCGCAGCGACGGCUCGGUCGGCGGCCUCGCGGCGCGGCUCGGCCUCGGAGCGAAAGAGGUUGGCGGCGCUCUCAACGACUAUGCCUGCGGCGGCGGGGAUGCGCAGAGCGUGUGGACCAACCAGUCGUCU